AUGGCACUCUCGUUUUACCAACGGCCAAUGAACGCUCAAAUUAACGAAAUCCGGCUCCUGGAACUGACAAAAGGCUCGUCCUCAGAUCCAGUAUCGUGCUCUAUGAGGUUGGUUUCUCUGGACGACGCGGAUAUUGAGUAUGAAACAUUGUCCUAUGUUUUGGGGGACAGUCGCCGGACAUGUUCCAAUUCAGAGUGUGUGGAGAAAGCUUUCAAAGCCACAAAGCAAUCUCGAGUUGGCGCUACGGCAUUUGCGGUACAAAGAUUGCAGCCGUUUACUCUGGAGCUCAUUCAUCGCAUGGCUGGAAAUCACAAAUUGCACUGGGCGGACUUCACUCCAAUAGAAGAUAAUGAGCCUAGAUAUGGAGUCGGUCUAGAUCGUUUGCUUCUGUUCAUCUUCUUUCGCGGGCCAUGGUGGACUCGCAUGUGGACACUGCAAGAAAUGGCAAAAGCAAAGAGCUUGACCUUCAUCUGUGGCUCUUCUGUUAUAUCGGGCCAAACUUUGGAACUACUUGUUCAGAGCUUUAACAUACAUUAUCAAGCGUGUUGUUUUGAUGAAAAGAAUAAUCCUAUUCUGACCUUGCCCCAUCUCGAAAAUCGAUUUUUGGAGCUUCAAAGAAUUGAAAGUCUGAGGAAAAGUCGCACUCGUGUUGGAUUCCUUGAAUUGGCUCGUUUAUACAGAUAUCGCAUCGCAACUGACCCUCAUUAUAUGGUAUAUGGGCUCCUCGGUAUGUCGUUGGACCUUGAUGACAAAGUCAUCAAUUAUCAACUGCCGGUUGCUGAAGCUUAUGAACUUGCCACAUUGGCAUUGAUCGCGAAAACGGGUAAUCUCGACGUUUUCAGCCACGUUCUUGAGCAUCCUUCAGACGCUUCACAUAAGUAUACAGAGAACCUCCCUUCUUGGGAAGCAUUCUCCACGCAUAAGACCUCGGGAUCCAUUCCUGUGGAUAUCAAUCGAGUAUCACCCGGCAAAAUAGCUAUAAAGGGACUCCUGUUUGAUACUGUGGAAGAACUUGCGCACGCUAAAGCUCCUUCAAUACUCAUUAGCUAUGACUCAAUCGACGAAUGGCGAGAAUUUGCAGGAGUUGAUGAGAAACCGGAAGAGCCCUAUGCUGGCGGCAAGACUCUCAUAGAUGCAUUUUGGCGGACGCUAUGCUGCGACAUGAGUGUAAUCAGCGAAGAGAAGCGGGCUACUUUCGAAGAUCGAAUACUACAUGAUGAAUGGUGGUGGAUAUUUCUCUUGAUGAAAUACAAACAGAAUGCCCAGGAAUACUCAAGGAAGCUGAGGCAAGAGGUAUUGCACGGUGUGAACCAGCUUGCUCUUUCCAUAUAUUCUUAUACCGCUGGUCGAAGAUUCUUCCGAACAAAGACAGGUUACAUUGGUGUCGGGCCAUCAGGAAUGAAAGAAGGUGAUCAAGUUUGCGUUCUGUUCGGAGGAAAGACCCCGUUCAUCCUCCGUAGAAAAGAUCCUGAAGUAAAAGCACACAAUAAGUCAGUAGAGGAGUGGAUCUUUGUAGGUGAUGCUUAUGUUCAAGGGAUUAUGAAUGGAGAAGCUAUAAAAAGUAUGGAAAACGAACAGUUGCAGUCGGAAACGUUUAUUCUUUGUUAA